AUGGAGGAGGAAGUGCCGCCGACGAGGAUCUUGAUAGCGGUGAAUCCGUCUUCUAUAAAGGGGUACCCGCACGCUUCAAUCAGUAGCCGGACGGCCUUCGAGUGGGCGGUGGAGAAGGUUGUUCGCUCCAAUACCCGCGGCUUCGUUCUCCUCUUCCUCCACGUCCAGGUUCCUGAUGAGGACGGUAUGCGGUUUCCACUUUGGGAUUCCUCCCUCCCUCCCUCCAUUGCCUCUUUUAGGCGGUUAGCUUCUGCUUGCGUUGUUGUGCCGCGGGAUCUAGGGCUCUCUAGUUGUCCAGCUUUCGCUUUUUGAUCGUCUGCCUGUAUUCGUGUGCGGCCUCGGUUUCGUAUGUUAAAAGCCCUGGAACCUUGAUGAUUGAACGUGUCGUGAUAUAAGAGCAAACCACGUUGACGAUUAUGAACGGAAGGAGAUCUUAGAGCCAAGUUAGGUCAUUUGUGCUUCUGUUUACAAUUUUCACUUUGUAUUGUUCGCACAUUGUAGCACUUAUUCAUUUCAAACAUCACGAAUAAAAAAAAAUCAUCAAAAUUUUGUCAACAUGUUGAGAGUAGAUGAGGGUCCUUUACGCAAAGAAGCUACUCGGACACGUAUUCCCAGUUGUGCUAGAUGGUGCGUUCCGACUAUUUCUUUCCUAGUGAAGAGUUUAGUAAAAGAGGUUUCAAUAAAAAUUGAAAAAUUUAGAGAAUAUGAACUCGAGCCUUGUGCUAGAGACCGUAAUAAUACUCAUGACGAGAAAAAUAAUGAUGAUCAUAAUAUGAGAGAAAUUUGAUUCCUAAUUUCUGGUAGUCUUUUUUAUCCUUUUUUUCUUUAGUUGAAAGAUCAUGAACAUAGAUGGAGAAAAGAUUGGUACCAAUUACUGGCCGCUUGAAACUCUCAAAGCUUUGGCGGCAACUUAAUUUACCUCCCAUUGCAUUCUGAAAAUGAAAGAAUUAAUUAUUCGUGAAUUUAGCUCGGAUGAGCAUUUGGCUUCCUUGUGAUGAGGUUUUUUGGGGGAAAAAAGAGAGUAUCCUUGCUGUAAUUUAGUUCACUCUCCGAUUCCUUCUCUUCGGAUAGGCAUGCUAAUUAGCAACAUAACGCUUAUUUGGAGGAAUGCACACACACACACACGUAUCCCUAGUUAGGUAGAUAAGGAAUGCCCUUACGUCUGGAAAAUUAUCCACAUCCUUGUGAACAAACUAAGAUGAAUACACCUUUUCUGGAUUCUUUCUCUGCAUUGGUAUUGAUCCCAAGUAUCCACCUUAGAAAAAACUUUGUGGCUUUCCCGCACAUUGCGAAUAUCGAUUCUGUACCUUUCUCUAUCCAUCCAAAUUUUGUUGGGAACUUGAAUUUAGCUGCGUCUCCUCCUGGGGAUUAGCAUUCACAUGGCGACAUAUUCCCCAGAUAGCAUUUCGUUGGAAAAAAGGAGAUUUACAAAGGUCACAGCGGUAUACUCUAUAGGAGCUGUGACACAUGCAAGAACCGAAGUGAAAUCUACUGCGUCUCCAUCUAGAUUCCUUGCUGUCUUCUAGAUUAAUUGCAGAUUACUGUUGGCAAAACUCAGUUUUCUUUGAAUUCCUCCCAAUUGAUAUACUUUUAUUCUAUUAACUGUUGUGCUUCCAUUUUAUAACUCUGGGUGCGGAUCACGGUGCAUACCAGCUGACACUACAUUCCUCAUAUCUUGCCAACAAUAGGAUUUGAUGAUAUGGACAGCAUUUAUGCAUCGCCUGAUGAUUUCAAGCGCAUGUCGGAGAGGGAAAAGACACGAGGGCUUCAUUUGCUGGAAUUCUUUGUUGAACGUUGUAAUCAAAUUGGGGUAUUGGAAAUUUCUCAUUUAUUUGUCUCUUGUGCUCCCUCGUUUUCCCAUACAAAAAAAAUUUCCUGUCACCAAGUUUUUGCAUUUCUUGAUAGCUUCCCUGUGAGGCAUGGGUCAAGAAAGGGGAUCCCAAAGAAGUCAUCUGCAGCGAGGUGAAGAGGGUGCAGCCGGAUCUCUUAGUUGUUGGAUGUCGUGGACUUGGACCCUUCCAAAGGUAAGCCAUGAGAUGUUGAACUUGCAUGCGAUUUUUUCGCUUUCAUCUUGGAACUGGUUUCCCCUUUUUAUUUAUCACGUAAUUAAAAACAUUAUGCCGGCUUACUGAUAAUAGUAUUUCAAAUAGAGGGUGGGAUACCGCAGUUUUAAGGAGAAAUGAGGCGAAUUACUCUAAAUAAAAUGAUUUUUUUUCCGCACCACCAAAGUGAGGCUGUCAACCUCAUUAAGAGAUACAUUGGGUUUACCAAGAAAUAUGUAUGCACUAAGAUCAUACGGUUUGCAGAACUCUGCGUACCUUGAAAUUGUGGCCGUCUACUGGUUGAUCAUGGACUGUAGUAUACCACCCAUGUCCUUGACAUCUACAUGCCACAGCAAGGACAGUCAACUGAGAGUUUUACUGUUUCAGGCUUCUUCAGCUCAACACAUUAAAAAAGUAAGCCUUCUACUCGACUCUUUCGAGUAUUUCUGACUCACAAAGAAGAGGGAAAUGAUCUAAUUAUCCAGAGAUACACCAACUUGGAUAAUUUAGGCUUCAGAAACUCAAAAUCGUCCUGCCAUGCCUCUUAGCUUCCGUCUAUUAAUUAUUUUCUGCAUUUUAUGCAUCCUCCCCUGUUGCUUCUGAAAUUACGAUUCGCUGUACUUUUUUUUUCUACGAAGUGUGUUUCAGGCUUCUGAAAUUACGAUUCGCUCAAAAUAUAUGUUUCUUGUGACUGGGUUGGUGUUGACAUUCCCAGGGUUUUCGUGGGCACUGUGAGUGAGUUCUGCGUGAAGCAUGCGGACUGCCCAGUGGUGACCAUAAAGAGGAAGGCAGGAGAGGCUCCACAGGACCCAGUGGAAGAUUGA